AAUUGAGCCUGUUGGUAAUAUUCCCUGUAAGCCAAACAAACCUCCGGCGGGCCGGUUUCGGUUCCUCUUUAACGUCCCUCCGGAAGAUCAUCCUGUUUUGUCAGCCAAAUCAUGACCGAGGUGAUAAAUGGUGAUAUUCCUUGUACCGAAUGCGGAGCAAGACUAGACGCAAGAAAUAACAAGAAAGCCGUUUUUGGGAAGGAAUGCCUACCGUUAGCUUCGCGGCUCAUUCUUUACGGCUUGUGUGGCCUCUUUGCUGAAGUCAUGUUCACGGCAACUUGGUAUUUUGUCGACUCUGCUAAGUAUCGUCAUGGCUGGAAACUCCAUGGCUGCACCUCUGUUUGGUCCUUCCCCAUUUACGCUUUGUCUUCGUUCGCUGUUGAGCGAAUGUUUUUAUUUCUCGAUGGCCGAGUUCCUUUGCUGGUACGGGGGUUGAUAUACGUCGUUUGGACAUACAUGUGGGAGUUUGUUACGGGGUUAGUACUGCGGCAGUUUAACGCGUGUCCUUGGGAUUACAGAGGCUACACUCAUUUCAACAUCAUGGGUUUGAUCACGUUUGACUACGCACCUUUGUGGUUCAUUGGUUCAUUGUUACUAGAAACUGUUGUUAUACAAAGUGCUUUGCAACUUCAAUAUACAAUAGAAGGCAUCAAUAAAAAGGAAGAUUAAUUAUUUAAACUCUACUGACUCUGGUGUAGGAAGGCAGGUAAUACAGUUGAACCUGCAUUAACUGGCCACACCCGAGGUACCAGCAAGUGGCCACCUAAUGGAGGCUGCCCAGUCAAAAGCGGUUUAUCAUAAGUUAGCAUAAUCCUUAGCACAAAAAUCACUUUAUUUUACAGACACAUGUGGGAGUAGCAUUACUGAUCCACAAACAGUCAUCACAUUCUAUCUCAUAUGGACUGCAUUUCCUUUAUCAUAUUUUAGAAUAAAACCAAACAAGUGUAUCAAGUGCUUGAUGGUGGCUUUAUAGAUGUGGCAACAAUUGGAGAACUCUGAUCAUUGGGAUGACGAAACGGUGACUAUAGCCACUUGAUAGAGGUGGAU